CUCCGCUCAGGCCCGGACUUUGGGCCUUUUCUUGUGUCUCGGUUUUAAAGGCAUGCCAGCUACAGCAUUCAAGAGGGCCGUUCCUUAACAAAGGGAAAGAGAUAAAUGUAAAUAAGCUCACAUUUUCAGAAGGAGCAGUUUGCUGUAAGAAGCUUCAGCAGCCAGAGUCUGUUACUUUGGGCUGGGAUAAACUUUCCCUGUAAAAAAUAAUAAUAGAUCAAAAUAUGCGAGUUUCCCGUUUACAUGUUUAUUAGCUAAUUGUCUACAGGCAUGAGCACACUCUCUCAUCUAGCACACUCUUUCUUGGGGAACACUGGUCUCUGGAGGAGUGUGAAAAUUGAUUCUCCUUAAUGUUAAGCAUCCACUGGAGGAAAUCUCUAACCACAGUACCUCCAGAAAGUUCAUUGAUCAACCAAGUCUUGGAUAAAAUUGGUGCCAGAAUUUGGUUUGAACUAAUGUGGAGGAAAACAUUUCCUACCAGUCUUUAGUCUCAGAGUGCUGAACCCUGCAGCCUGCAGGCCUCCUGAAUAAAAGUCCAUGGGUGACAGAAGAUUCAUUGACUUCCAAUUCCAAGAUUUAAAUUCAAACCUCAGACCCAGGUUGGGCAAUUCUACUGCCAAUAAUACUUGCAUUGUUGAUGAUUCUUUCAAGUAUAAUCUGAAUGGUGCUGUCUACAGUGUUGUAUUCAUCCUGGGUUUGAUAACCAACAGUGCCUCUCUGUUUGUCUUCUGCUUCCGCAUGAAAAUGAGAAGUGAGACGGCUAUUUUCAUCACCAAUCUGGCCCUCUCUGAUUUGCUCUUUGUCUGCACUCUACCUUUCAAAAUAUUUUACAAUUUCAACCGCCACUGGCCUUUUGGUGAUACCCUCUGCAAGAUCUCUGGGACUGCAUUCCUAACCAACAUCUAUGGGAGCAUGCUCUUCCUUACCUGUAUUAGUGUGGAUCGUUUCCUGGCCAUUGUCUAUCCCUUCCGAUCCCGUACCAUUAGGACCAGGAGGAAUUCUGCCAUUGUGUGUGCUGGAGUCUGGAUCCUAGUCCUCAGUGGUGGUAUUUCAGCCUCUUUAUUCUCCACCACUAAUGUCAACAAUGCAACCACCACCUGCUUUGAGGGCUUCUCCAAACGUGUAUGGAAGACGUAUCUGUCCAAGAUAACCAUAUUUAUUGAAGUUGUUGGUUUUAUCAUUCCUUUGAUACUGAAUGUCUCUUGCUCUUCUGUGGUGCUAAAAACCCUCCGUAAGCCUGCUACAUUGUCUCAAAUUGGGACUAAUAAGAAAAAAGUGCUGAAGAUGAUCACAGUGCAUAUGGCAGUCUUUGUGGUAUGCUUUGUACCCUAUAACUCUGUUCUCUUCCUGUAUGCCCUGGUGCGCUCCCAAGCCAUUACCAAUUGCUUGUUGGAAAGAUUUGCAAAGAUUAUGUAUCCAAUCACCUUGUGCCUUGCAACUCUAAACUGUUGCUUUGACCCUUUCAUCUAUUACUUCACCCUUGAGUCCUUUCAGAAGUCCUUCUAUAUCAAUACACAUAUCAAGAUGGAGUCUCUGUUUAAGACUGAAACACCCCUGACCACAAAGCCUUCCCUUCCAGCUAUUCAAGAGGAAGUUAGUGAUCAAACAACACAUAAUGGUGGUGAAUUAAUGCUAGAAUCCACCUUCUAGGUACAAGAAGUCUCUUUAGGUCCAGAUAUAGUUUCUUCUAUGAUUUUCCUAUGCUUUGAAUAAAAAAUUUGAAGCUAAUGAUAUUGAGAAUAGAUUAAUGUACUGAAUAUAGUCAGAUACAUUUAUUUGAAUGUUUAUUGUAAUACAUAUAUUGUUUUGUUCAAUAAUUAUAGGUCACAUCUAAUUACAACAGCCAAAAGGAAUUGCCAAACUCUUCUUCUGGGUUGGAAAUUCAUUGUACCACAUUAUAUAAGUCAAUAGUAGCCUUGACUUCAGUGAUAUGGAGGUUACUUAAAAACUUUGAAAAAAUAUAUUUCCAUUCCAAUAUUUGGUAAUUAGUUUGGGCCUAUAAAUAUAGAACAAAUUCAGGUUUUUUUUUUUAAACAAUCUUUUGUGUUACUACUGAUAUAUACUAGUCAUUUUUUGCUUUUUGAAUUGUCAUUGAGUUUUUUAGUACAAGAAUAUACUUUAGUUUAAUAUUAUUAAUAAAAAUAUCAAAUUU